AUGACUUAUCCCACAGGACAACGAGGUUUCGGCAGUCGACGUGGACGAUUCGGAAGAAGAUUUGGUGGGCGUAGAGGUUUUGGUGGCAUCCGUGGAUUUGGUGGACGUAGAGGUUUUGGUGGACCUGGAUUUGGUGGACGUAGUGGAUUUGGUGGACGUGGAUUUGGUGGAUUCCAAGGAUUUGGUUUUUCGGGAGGUUGCCGUUUUCGCCCAGUACCUGUUAGCCCAUCAACACCAGCCGCUCCAGUAGCCCCUACACCGGCCGCUCCAGCAGCACCUAGCGCUCCUGCAGCUCCUGUCGCUCCAGCAGCACCUAGCGCUCCUGCAGCUCCUGCCGCUCCGGCUGCUCCUGCAGCUCCUGUCGCUCCAGCUGCACCUAGCGCUCCUGUCGCUCCAGCAGCACCUAGCGCUCCUGCAGCUCCUGCCGCUCCGGCUGCACCUAGCGCUCCAGCUGCACCAGCUUCCCCACCAGCAGCUCCGGCACCGGUUGCACCAGCCGCACCUGUUGCCCCAUAG